AUGAAUAACACAAGCAAGAGCGAACAGGUGAAGGAGAACAAGGAAGGGAGCGGCUCCAACACGACGAAAACCCUGUGGGUAGGGGACCUAGACAAAAUAAAAGACGAAGUGGUCGAUGAGAACUAUAUCCUAUACUGCAUGUUUUACGAAUUUGCCGAAGAUAUAAUAAAAGUAAAAUUAUGCAAGGAGAAAAAUUCCCAAAAAUAUUCCUAUGCAUUUAUAGAAUUCACCAAUUUUGACAUCGCCAAAUAUUGCUUUGAUAAUUUAAACGGCAAGUGGAUACCUGGAAGGAUACACAAGUUCAAAUUGAACUGGGCCAAAUACAAUGUGAGCGAUAAUGUUAAUACGAGUGAGAAGAGCCUAGACGUUGAGUUGGAUGAUAAGGGCACAUAUUCUAUAUACGUUGGGGGUCUACCCAAAGGAACAACAAAGGAAGAAAUUGAAACGCUGUUUUCCCGCUUUUACUCCAGUAUCUGCUUCGUUAAGAUGAUUAAAAAUACGCAAAAAAAUCAAAACAAAAUAUACUGCUUUAUUCAUUUUUUUAACCACGAUGAAUGUAUUCGAGCUUUAACCGAAAUGGAUGGCCAUGAUUUUAAGGGCUGUAAAAUUAAGGUGAGCAAAUCCAAUGGGGUAAAAAUUGGCAAGGGAGGCGGAGAGGGAAACAAUUACUACUACAAAAAUAACAACUACCAAAUGCACAUGAACAGCUUGAAAGGCAUGAACAUGGGGAACUACAAUGUGGGCGCGUAUGGUGGUAACUAUGCCCAGGGAGGCUACACGCAGGGGAACUACCCACAGGGCAGUUACAACCAGGCAGGCUACCCACAGGCGAACUACAACCAAGCCAACUACAACGCGCACAGCGGUGGCGGAAGUGGUGCCAACAACAACAGCAAUGGAGCGACCAGCAACAACAACCCCCCAAACAGUGCCAGCAACAGUAGUAAGGUAGCGAACAACCAGGCGGAUGAGGAAGAAAAUAAGAACGUCACUGCAGCGGGGGUAGCAGCGCCUACCGGGGUGCCCACUGGAGGAGAUCCCAACAAAAACUACUACAUGUACUACCACAAUGUGAAUAGCGAACUGAACAACCCUUAUAAGGUAAACUACUACGACCACCUAAGCUCCAAUGUUACCUCCUACCCUGCGUACAGCACCACAGCAAACCAUGGGACGACUAGCCUCUCUUAUAAUUCAAACAGCUACGGCAGUGAGAUGAACUACUACACUGGCCAAAUGACUCAAAUGACGCAACUGGCACAAAUGGCGCAAAUGAGCAACUACGGAAAUGAUGUCAAUCACACGAGUAACUUCCCCGGGAGCAAUGGCCAAGUGAGCAACUACACCUCAGAAUUUAAUUGCAUCACUAAUUAUAACCUCACCCCAGGAAAGGAGGAUGAACAGAAUCUUAUGAAUUACAGAAUGGCGAACGUUAAUUAUGCUUCUGCUGUUAACGAGCAUGCGGAUGAGGGCGUGAAAAACAUGGCCCAUGAAAAAAAGGAAGGAAAUGGGAACCUAAAAAAUGAAGGCAUCUCAGCCGAAGUUAAUAUAAUGAACCAUAUGACGAAAAAAAACCAACUGAUGGAAGGGAACCCAAACAGCAUGAACCACGCCUACGGGCUAAACUUUUACAACCGCCCCUGCCCAAACGAGUACAGUAACAGUGCCUUCAACCCUAUGGGUCUUAACAAGAGUAACACGCAUGACGAAAUUAACUACAAUGGCAGCAUGGGGAAUUGUCACCCCAACGAGAUGAGCGAGAUGAGCGGCGCGAAUAAUUAUUACUAUGAUGGGGACGCCCAGAACAUCAAGGGAAGAAGCAACCACGGCAGAGGCAGCCACAAGGAGAAAAACAAUAACCGAAAUCAUAGCAACACUAACAAUAGCACGAACAAUGGAAGUGUAGACAAUAACGAGACGAUUGACAAUGAGCAGAGUGUUCAUAACAAUGACAUCGUCGAUAACGACCGCAGUGAUGGUAAGGAUGAUAGUAACGAUGAGGAUAAUAAAUGA